AUGACUGUUUGGGAGAAAGGGGUAAUGGACUUGGACGAAUGUCUCGAGUCUCUCUAUGCAGGAAAAUUACUAAGCGAACCUGUUAUUGAAAUGCUAGCCUUUAAGGCAAAAGAAUUGAUGAUACGAGAUGGGAAUAUUGUCCAUCUAUCCUCUCCUGUUACAAUGGUAGGAGAUAUACAUGGACAGUUCUAUGAUCUGUUAGAGAUAUUCAAGAUUGGUGGAUAUCCACCUGACACAAAUUAUUUGUUUCUAGGUGACUAUGUUGACAGAGGAUACCAUUCGAUUGAAACUAUAUCAUUAUUAAUAGUGCUUAAGUUGAAAUACCCAAAUCGUAUAACGCUGAUCCGAGGGAACCAUGAAUCGAGGCAAAUUACAACAAACUAUGGAUUCUAUACAGAAUGUGUAACCAAAUACGGCGGUGAUUCCAAAGUUUGGUCGAUUUUCACAGAUCUUUUCGAUUUUCUGGUGCUUUCGGCAAUUGUGGAUAAUCAAUUGUUCUGUGUCCAUGGCGGUUUGUCACCCAACGUUCAAACAAUCGAUUCCAUCCAGGUUAUCGAUAGAUUCAAGGAGAUUCCACAUGACGGACCAAUGGCGGAUCUAAUGUGGAGUGACCCUGAUAUAGAACUACUUAAUUUUAGAAUAUCAUCAAGAGGUGCAGGCUACCAAUUUGGUAUUAAUGUUGUUAAUAAAUUUUUGAAGGUCAAUGGUGUCGAGAAGAUAUUCCGUGCCCACCAACUUUGUAAUGAUGGGUUUCAAGUAUUUUGGAAAGGGAAAGUCAACACUGUCUGGUCAGCACCGAAUUAUUGUUACAGAUGCGGGAACAAAGCUUCCAUUUUGGAAGUCUAUGAUGAUUCUGGAGAUCCUGAUAGUCUCAGAUUUAAUGUAUUCGAUGCGUCCCCGGACAGUGAAAAAGAGUUUUUGCGGAUUGAAUCUGACAAUAUGGAUCUGGAAUUGGAUAUCGAUGAAGGUCGACAAAUGAAUAAAAAGGCACCAUAUGUGGAGUAUUUUAUGUAA